CAGUAGACUGCACACAAUCGUAGCGAAAUAACGAGUACUAACAAACGUAUAUACUACUUAAAGCUUUCAGUAGGGUACUAGAAUUUCUCAGUGCUGCUUAUAAAUAGUAUUAACCGGACAUUAGCCACCGUCAGUCGUGCACGAAUCGUGUCAUCGUAGAUUCUGAUAUCAGUGCCGCAAGAAAUCAACGUCGAUUCAAGAAGAUGGCAUCCAGCGUACCACUAGUGAAGCUAAACAAUGGCAAGUCGAUUCCGAUUCUCGGCCUCGGAACGUGGGGCUCGCCACCAGGAGAAGUCGCCCAAGCCGUCAAGGAUGCAAUUGAUAUCGGUUACCGCCACAUCGACGGUGCCCAUGUUUACCAGAACGAGCACGAAGUAGGCGAGGGUGUCAACGCUAAGAUAAAGGAAGGCGUUGUUAAACGCGAGGAUCUGUUCAUCACGAGUAAACUGUGGAACACGUUCCACCGACCCGAGCUGGUCGAAGGAGCCUGCCGAACGACGCUGAAAAAUCUCAACCUGAGCUACGUAGAUCUCUACCUAAUUCACUGGCCGAUGGGUUACAAGGAAGGCGAUGAGUUGUUCCCCAGCGAUGCCGACGGUAAAACAGCCUACUCGGAUGUGGACUACGUGGACACGUACAAAGCGAUGGAGAAACUGGUCGAGCUGGGUUUGGCCAAGAGUAUCGGCAUUUCGAACUUCAACUCCAAGCAGGUCGAGCGCAUUCUAGCCGCUGCCAAGAUCAAACCGGUUGUCAAUCAGGUUGAGUGCCAUCCGUACCUAGCGCAGGCUAAACUGUCACCCUUCUGCACUAGCCGGGGUAUCGUCAUUACAGCGUACAGCCCACUCGGAUCACCGAAUCGUCCUUGGGCUAAGCCUGACGAUCCACAAUUGAUGGAGGAUCCUAAGAUCGUCGCCAUCGCGAAGAAGUACAACAAAACUCCGGCCCAGAUUUUGAUUCGUUACCAGAUUCAGCGUGGUCAUGUCGUUAUUCCGAAAUCGGUCACCAAAUUGCGCAUUCAGUCUAACUUUGAGGUGUUUGAUUUCGAGCUGACCGAGGAUGAUAUGAAGCUGAUUACUUCGUUCGACUGUAACGGACGUCUGGUGCCUAUUUCGAGCGCUGAUACAAGCCCGCACUACCCCUUUCAUGAUGAUUUCUAAGACUGCACAGUGGAAGAACGGUCGUCGUAGAGAGAAACGCGCUACCGGUCACCCUUAUCAUCCAUUUGAGAAAGACGAGUUUUAAAUCAUCAAUGUGUACUAGAAAGUAACACUGGUAAUCGAGGAAAUCACACGACGUUAUACUCACAGGCAUACAAUUAGCAGUGGAACGUUGCGUGCACCAUUUUUUCGUUCUUUGAAUAAAUGUUUAUCUGCUUUGCUGAAGGAA